GAAUAAAGCCUCUCUCCGGGGUCGAGAUUGGAGAGCCGGCUCCUAGCCCACGAGACGAGCACCCAUCAUGCCUAUCAUCCUGGGCUACUGGGACAUCCGCGGGCUUGCUCAUGCCAUCCGCCUGCUCCUGGAGUACACCGGCGCAGAAUAUGAAGAGAAGGUGUACCACUUUGGGGAUGCUCCUGACUUUGACCGAAGCCAGUGGCUGGAUGUGAAAUUCUCGCUGGGCCUGGACUUCCCUAAUCUACCUUACCUGAUUGACGGGGAACACAAGAUCACUCAGAGCAAUGCCAUCUUGCGCUAUAUUGCCCGACAAUACAACCUAUGUGGCGAGACUGAGGAAGAAUGCAUUCGAGUGGACAUGCUUGAGAACCAUGUCAUGGAUGUCCGCUUGCAGCUGUCUCGGGUCUGCCACAACCCAGACUUUGAGAUGUUAAAAAUUGAAUAUCUGGAGCAGCUCCCAGGACAGUUGAGGCUCUUUUCUCUGUUCUUGGGAACAUGGACAUGGUUUGCAGGGGAGAGAAUCACUUAUGUGGAUUUCCUUGUGUAUGAUGUCCUUGACCAGAACCGAAAGUUUGAUCCCUGUUGCUUGGAUGACUUCUCAAACCUUAAGGAUUUCUUAUGUCGAUUUGAGAGUCUGAGUAGUAUUGCUGCCUACUUAGCCUCUGAACGCUGCCAGCGUCCGAUCUUUGCAAAGAUAGCCUGCUGGGGCAAUGAGUAGGGCCCCACAUGGACCAAAGGCCUGGGAGGAACAGACAUCGCCAACUGCUGAUCCAGCUGCAAUUGAAGGCUUCUAGAGGAUUCCUGGCCCUCACCUUGGAGCCCGGGGUUUCUAAUAAAGUUGCUGUAACUAUUA